UGCUGCUAUGGAGGAAAAUGUGACUCAUAAUAUUAAUUUAGUUGAGCUAAUUGAGACAGACAUUCCUGCGGUACUGGAGGAUGUUGACCGUUGUCUGGCCAAGUAUGAUUUUGACAUCAACCUCUAUUAUGCAAGUCUAAAAAUGGCUGGCAUUGCUGUACAAGCAGAAAGGUAUGAACUGAUAAGUGGAGCAGAACGGUACAAUUUUGCUAUUCGCCAAAUUUUACAGUGUGUUAAGGGGGAACUUCUUAAGGUGAUUGGGAUUUCUGGCCAAGAUGCAGAGAUGGUAACUAAAGACUUGGCAGAUCUACCAGAGAUGAGAAGCAUGUUUGCAGUAGUCAUCAGCGUCUUUGUUUCACAAUGUCGAAGCAUUAGUGAGGUCCAAACUCACAUUGCAGAACAGAUACAUAGACUUGUAGUAACUGAAAUUUCACUCCCACUAGAUGAAGCACUCAAACCAUACAAAUUUUUACUAUUUCUGCAUUGUGACGAUGAAAAGACAGAUCUACACAACUUGAAAAUCCCUGAGCACGGAUCAGUGGUGCUUACAUCUCGGACCAUCGGCAUAUAUCAGAUAAUGCCCGUGGAUCUUAAUAUCAAGACAGAGGAUCUUCUGCUACCAUGGACGUUGUUCUGGAAUAAUGUUAACAAUAUUCCUGCUUCUAUUAUUGAAUUAAUGGCCUUACAUUUAAUUAAAGCAUGCCACAACCAUUUACUUGCCAUCAUUCUACUCACAAGGGCCUUAAAAUCUGUCACUAAUGGUGGGGUCUGGAAACUGGCAUUUCUAGAAUAUCGUCUUCCAAUCUUUCCUCCGGUGGAAGGUACAAGUGAAGUCAUGGUUCAUGUGUUAAAAUUUGUUUGGGAACGCAAGAGCAUUGUUAGAAAACAUUGCAUAAAACAUUUAUGCACUUCAGUCACUAAGGUUAUAGAACUCAAAAUAUGUUCAUUAGUGUCCUGUUGGAUCGAGAAUGAUUUGAUAAAAACAAGAACAGUAGGAAAGCAUGUGCUCAAAGAUCUUAUCAAAUCCUUCUUGUUAGAGAGGGUCAACAAAGGUUAUGAUCAAAUGCGAGAAGAAACUAGAGAUGUACUCUUGAAUCACUUUAUUCCACAUUUACAUCCUCUGUAUCUUAAGGAUUAUCAGAGGCACUAGAGGUUGCAGAGUGGGAUGCGAAGGAGAUAUACCUGAACAAUGAUCAUCUGUCUGAGCUACCAGAGAAACCAAAUUGCCCUUCUCUAGUAACAUUGUUCUUACAAAAGAACUACAACCUUAUGGAAAUUCCAACUUCAUUCUUUGAGUGUAUGCCUAUGCUUCGAGUUCUAGAUUUGUCCCAUAUGAGCAUAAAGUCUUUGCCCGCAUC